UCUUGAGGUGGGCGGGCCGGGAAGAUGCCUCUGCGGCUGAGGAGAAAGAAGAAAGGCAAGUCCAAGGAGACUUCGACGCUGGUGGACGGCGAGGCUCCCCUAGCGCGAGGGCGAGGCGACGACGAGGUCGGGGCAGGCGCUGGCGCUCAUGCCGGGGCGGUAGGCGCCACAGCACCGCAGGGGCCCGUCCGGUUGGUUUUUCACACGCAGCUGGCGCACGGCAGCCCCACUGGGCGCGUGGAAGGUUUUGGCAGCGUGAAGGAGCUUUACGCUAAGAUAGCCGAGGCGUUCCGCAUUGCCCCGGCCGAGAUCAUGUUUUGCACUUUGAAUACACACAAAAUUGAUAUGGACAAGCUUUUGGGUAUGCAAAUUGGUCUUGAAGACUUUAUAUUUGCUCAUGUAAAAGGAAUAAAAAAAGAAGUGGAGGUUUUCAAAUCAGAAGAUUCACUUGGACUUACCAUUACUGAUAAUGGAAAUGGAUGUGCCUUCAUAAAGAGAAUUAAAGCAGGCAGUCUUAUUGACCAAAUCAAAGUGAUAUGUGUCGGUGACCAUAUAGAAUCUAUAAAUGGAAAAAGUGUAGCAGGCUAUCGUCAUUAUGAAGUUGCUAAGAAUUUAAAGGAUUUGAAGAAGGGUCAGACAUUUACAUUAAAACUGAUAGAACCUAUGAAAUCAUUUGAAAUGAUUGAGCCAAGAUCAAAAAGUGGAAAUUUUGCAGAGGAAAAAAUCUGCCGAGGAAGAGAGACUCUUCGACUAAGAUCCAAGGGCUCUGCUACAGUGGAAGAAACACCUUCAGAUGUGGAAGAAAAAGCUACCAAAAAAGUGGAUGAUCUUCUGGAAAUGUAUAUGGGAAUAAGAGACCUUGAACUAGCUGCAACUAUGGUAGAAGCUGGAAAAGGCAAGAACAAUCCAGAUGAAUUUGCAGUAGCUCUUGAUGAAGCUUUAGGAGAUUUUGCAUUUCCAGAUGAAUUUGUCUUUGAUGUAUGGGGAGCCAUAGGUGAUGCUUUGCAAGGGCGAUUUUAAUGAGAGGCAUUCAUUGUAUUAGAGCACUGUGACAGCUGUGUGGGGACAUAACAUGUAUAGCCAUACACAUGGCAUGGAGUAUAAGCUAUGUAUUCUAAAAAGAAGUAUUUAAAUAUUUACAAACCUGGAAAAAUUAUAUCGGUUUAGGACUGUAUCUGUACAAAGCUUUUAGGCUGAUAUUGCAUUUAAUUUAAAAUACUCACUUGAAAUCUUUGCAGAACAGAAUCCAUACACUUUGUACAUUUACUGUUCCACAUUAACAGAAGCAAUAGUUUGAAAGGUCAUGAUGAAUCUGUUUCCCAUGAAAACUAAUUGUAUUUCUGAUUGUGAGACAUUUUAUGGAGCUGAUGAAAAUAUACUGAAUCUUCUAUAUAUUUUCACUAAAAAAAUUACUGCUGAAUUUUCAUUAUUCAAACAUCUCUUUCCCUAAACUAACUACGGUUAGGAUGGUAUGGAGGAGGAGGAAAACUUCAUUCAUAGAGUUCAUUGAUCAACAGUUGCAGAAGUAUGAAUUUAAUAAAUUAACACUUCAGUCCUUUAUAGUAAAGAAUAUUUGGGAAGGGCUGGAUUGAGAUAGCGGAAUCUGUAAUUAGAAGCUGUAAGUCAUUCUUCCCAUUCUGGCUGGGAUUUGUGAAGGUCCAAAGAACUUUGGAGGUUACCAGGUUGGUGAAAGCUACUAAAAGUAAUUUUAAUAUUUUAAAAUUGGUAAGUUAUUACCAGUGUUAGAGAAAUUCUUAACACUUACUAGUUUAUGCAUGCCAAAUCAUGGCUUGUUUAAUCACAGUUUAGUGAAUAAACUACAGUUGGGUGGGUUUAAGCAACAUAUGAAAUAGUACACCAUGAUUUCUACUACAUUUUAAGUCAAGACUACAUUAUGGCUUAAUGCAGUAUAUGAACCCGCCAGUAUCUGAUGGAUUGAAGCAUUAUGGAUAAAAGUCCUAGAACCUAGGCAAUUUUCAUGUGUGAUUCUUAAAUCAGUUUUGACAUUUCUCAGUGCUGUAGAUCAAAUGAAGAAAAUGUGAAAGAUGUAUCUUUUAAUUUUAAACUAAUUUUGUAUUAUUCCUGGUGAUAUAUUCGAGACCAACAUGCAUUUUUGGUGUGAAGAUGUUAAUGGCCAUUCUAUUAAUCUGUACUGAGGAACGUAGAAAGACAAAAUAGUAAAUUUUCAGCGCACAACAUCCUUGAAUAACACUUUGCUGAUGCCUAUUAUAAACUCUCAGCAAACUGAUAUUUUUUUAAAUGUCUUUUUUAAAAUUUUACAUUUUGGGGAUAUUUAUAGGGAUUGCUGAUACACUGAAUGUGAAAGUUAAAAGAGAUGUAACUAAAUGAGGUACUGUAUGAUGUGUUCCAUUGCAAACUCCUCUUGUGCAGAUGAGAGUUGAGUAAAGCUCCUGAUUUGAAUGAAUUAAUGGGUGGAUGAAUCUUACGGAUGAGAAGUUCCUAAGAAAUCAAAAGGUGAUUCCGAUGAUUUUAACUUAAAUAUUGCCUUUUAAAAAAGUAAUUUGUAAAUAUUAAUAUGCUGAUGUUAUAAAAUCAAUGAAAAUAUUUUUAAGCUUUAGCUUUUAAUUUUUGUAAAUCUUGGGUUACUGAGGAAUUGCUAACAUGCCAAUACUACUAUUACUGUUACUACUACUGUGAGAGAAAAUAAGAUUAAUAGGACACAUUCCUAACUCCUUAGUUUUCAUUGGAGUGUUUAUCUUCUGAGGUUCUUUAAACUUUGGGACCAGAUACAUCUGUUCUAUCCAAGGUUGAAGAGACUAAUAGUUCUUAGUUUAUAAAAAGCCUAAAUGAUAUUAUUCAGUUGCUUCAGACUUAAAUACACACACACACACACUGACCAACCAGCUGCAUAAAAUGAAGUGUACUUUUUUUCACUAUUUUAAAUUUGGAUUGUGGGGCUAUUAGUCUAAUUGCACAAAACUGAAUUUAACCUAUUUCUGACAUCACAGAAGAGAACAGAAUUCUGUACUGUAACUCAUAAAGCCAGCUGGGUGACUUUGGGCCAGUUACAUCUCUCAGCCCUAGAAAGAUGGCAAUGGCAAACUACUUUAAAAAAACUUGCCAUGAAAACUGCAUGGAUUUGUCCAGGCAAUUGCCAGGAGCAAAGACUGUCUCGAAGGUACCAAAAAUCAAACCAAACCAAACCAAAAAAACCUCUUUGACUUACUACUUCAAACUCUAUGGACCAGUUCCUACAUCACAUGGAACCAUUGCAUCUGCCAGGAGAACAUAGAAAUAAUGCUCAGAGUUCCAGUGGAUUGUCCUAUAUAAAUACAGUUUUUGUGUGAAUUUUAUCAGUUGAAGUUACUAUAGUUGGAACGUCUUAUGUAAUGGAACAAUGUGCCUUUUAUAAUCUCACAGUAUCUGAAAUAGGGAUAGAUACUUUUUAAACCUAAUUUGCAGGCCACAUAACAGACAUAAAGACCACCUACAAGUACCUUGGUAUCCCACAGUCACAUGGGAACCAUGAUGAGGAGGCAAGGAAGAUAACAACAUCUGUGUAACACCAAAGGAUAGACAGGUCCUGAAGAGCCAGCUCAAUGGGAAGGACCAUGCCAUCAACAGGUAUACCCUGCCAGUCAUCAGAUACCCUGCUGGUAUAAUGAGCUGGCCAAAGGAGGACAUGGAGGCUGCUGAUGUGAA